AUGUCGUGCACGGCGGGGCGGGCAGGGCGGCGUGGGGAUGCACAUGCCAAAGCGAAGGGAUGGGCCAGAGUUGUGGUGGAGGAGCGACGACGUGAGGCGGAGCGGGUCGCGCGCGGCAUCGAUGCUUGGGGCUGGCGUCGAGGCGGGGGCACCGGCGCGGUGCCACACGCGCAGGGGGACAGGGCGGUGGCGGUCGAGAGGCACGGAAGGGCAUCUAGGCGGCCAGGCAGGUCGCGCGACAUCGAGGCCAAGGUGGAGGGAUGGAGGGGGCGGCGGCUCGGAGACGGCGCGUCGGGGCUAAGAAGACGGUGCGACGGAAGCUCGAUCGGGAGAAGAAGCAACAAGAAGGGGAAGAAGGGCCUGGGGAUUAUACCCCAGCCUAAGCUGAUCUAUUACACUGUUCACAGACCCCAGUGCGUUUGGGAGAGAAAAAAUAAGGUUGGCUAUGGAAGGCUGGAAGCGACGGCGUUGAGCGUGGGCAAGUCCGUGCUGAAUGGAGCGCUUAGCUACGCAAAGUCCACCAUCGCGCAGGAGGUGGCUUUGCAGCUGGGCGUCCAGCAUGAUCAGGCUUUUAUCAAGGAUGAGCUCGAGAUGAUGCUCGCUUUCCUAAUGGCUGCGCAUGAGGAGCGAGAUGAGCACAAGGUGGUCAAGACCUGGGUCAAGCAGGUCCGCGAUGUGUCCUAUGAUGUUGAAGACUGCCUUCAAGAUCUAGCCGUUCGACUUGGGAAGCCGUCUCGGUGGUCCUUACUCCGGACGCUGAUUGAUCGGCACAAAGUGGCCACACGGAUGAAGGAACUCAGGGCCAAGGUUGAGGAUGUCAGCCAGAGGAACAUACGAUACCGUCUCAUCAAGGGCACUAUUGGCCCCAAGCCUGCAAUUAGUGUUGGGCCAUCAAGCACUUCUGAUGCAACAAUGUUUGGCAUUGAGGAAGCAAGGAGGCAGAAGGACAAAGCAAAAGUCGACCUCUCCCAACUGAUCAACGAUGGUAACGAGAAUCUUAUAGUGAUAGCCGUGUGGGGAACAGGUGGUUUUCUUGGUCAGACAGUCGUCAUCAAAGGAGAGUAUGACAAUCUAAAGAGAAGCAAGAAGUUCGAACUCUACGCUUGGAUCAGGAUUGUGCAUCCUUUCAAUCCACUGGAGUUCCUGCAUUGCAUUAUGAGGCAGUUCUAUGGAACUUCUUUUGAACAAGUGAAGAAGACGCAACAAAAGGCAAACAUCGGAGCUCAAGUUAUUAAGAAGAUGGGAGCCAUGAAGCAAGAUGAGUUGCUUGAUGCAUUUACUGAGCAUGUGAGUGAGAAGAACUAUCUGAUUAUGCUUGAUGACCUGUCCACCAUAGACGAGUGGGAUGCGAUUAAGGAAUAUUUUCCAAAUAACAAGAAAGGAAGCCGAAUCAUCAUAUCCACAGAGCACGGAGAAGUUGCAAGCCUAUGUGCUGGCCAAGAAAGUGUAGUGUCAGAGCUCAAGCAAUCAUCUGUUGAUCAGAGUAUUUUUGCUUCCUACAAUAAGGUUCUUCAAAGUCAAACCACAUUAAUGAAGCUAGGCUCUAGCUCAAGUGUAGUCAUACAUGGUGCUAACAACAUUGCAAUGCCGACAGAUCAGAUUCUUGAGAAUCAAUUGGUAGGCAACAAUGUGAAGAUGGUUAGAAAGAGCCUUACUCGUAUUGGGACAAUCUCAUGUGCUUUGAUGGAAUCUCAACUUGUGGGCCGUGAGAAAGAGAAAUCUGAUCUUAUCAAUCUAAUUUCAAAACAAAACGACCAGCAAUGUAAAGUGAUCUCAGUUUGGGGAAUGGGAGGUCUUGGAAAAACAACACUAGUCAAAGAGGUCUACCAAAACCAAGAGCUAAGUGGUUUGUUUGAGAAGCGUGCUUGCGUCACAAUCAUGCACCCAUUUGUUCUUGAAGAGGUCCUUGAGAGCUUAUUUAUGCAGCUAGAUGCAGAAUCCUCUAAAAGGAAAGGAAAUGUUGAUUUUGGGGCAGGCACUAGAAAUGCAAAGGAAGAGUUGGGUUAUGAGCACAACACUAACUAA